AUGCAGCACCGCUUACGUCCACCCAAUACGAACAUGCUGUACCUGAACAAGCAGCGCCUCAUCGCGCUGGACGAGCUGCACAAGGCGGAGGCGGAGCGCGAGUACCUGGCGGCGCGCGUCGCGCAACUGCAGGCGGAGGCGGAGGCGGGGGAGGCGCAGCGCAAGCUGCUGGAGGAGCGCCUGAGAGCCGCGGAGCUGGGGGUCGCCGCAGCACCCAGCAGCCCCACGCGUUCAGUAACUACCGUUCCGGGCAGCAAAGCGAGCGGCAAGGCGGGCGGCAGGGCGGGGGAGCCGGCGUCCGUGUGGAGCCGCCUGCUGCUGCGCGUGGACGGGCUGCUGCUCGCCAAGGCGCUCACCGCCCCGCAGGCGCAGGCGCUAAGAGGGCUCGCUGCCUCUAGGGAUGCCCGCGCUGCUGACGUGUACACUGACGUGGAGCCGCUGGAGGACGCGCAGGUGGUGCGCGCGCUGCUGCGACUCAUUGAUGGCAGCAACAGGUUCGGGGGAAAGGUUAGGACACUGCACGUGGUGCACGUGUGCACGGAGCUCGCGCCAGUGGCCCAGGCGGGGUCCCUAGCCACGUGGAUGGCGGGGCUGUGCUGCGCACUCCGCAAGAAGGGCCACCUCGUGGAGGUCGUUCUGCCACUGUACUCAAGCGUGGACACGAGUGCCAUUGAGGACUUCAGGGAGGCGCCAGGCGAGAUCAUGUCCUUCUUCGAUAACAAGUGGCACAAGAAUAAGAUCUACACCGGCACGGUGCACGGGCUGCCAGUGACGUUCAUCCAUCCGCUGCAUCCAGCGGCCUUCUUCCAGAGGGACCACCUCUACGACUAUGAGGACGACUUUGAGCGCUUCACCUACUUCACGCGGGCAGCGCUGGAGUACGUGCAGCAGCAGGGCAAGCAGCCGGACGUGCUGCACCUGCACAACUGGCACACGGCAGUGGGCGCACCGCUGUUCUGGGACAUCUACCACCACCAGGGCAUGCCCGACACCCGCAUCCUCUUCACCUGCCAUGACGCCCGCUUCCAGAACGCCCAGCCAGCAGGCAAGCUGGCGCAGGUGGGGCUGGACCCCUCGCAGCUGAACCGCCCUGAUAGACUGCAGGACAACCGCGACCCGGCUCUUGUGAACCUGCUCAAGGGUGGCAUCGUGUAUUCCAACAAGGUAACAACGGUGUCGCCCACGUAUGCCAGUGACAUGAAGACCCGUGAGCUCGGCUGCGGCCUCGAUGCCACCGUCACCAUCCACAGCCAGAAGUUCGCUGGUUUGCCCUCCGGACUCGACCAAUCCACAUGGGACCCGACCCGCGACCUCGCACUCCCCGUGCCAAUCACAGCCUCUGAUCCCAUGCCUGGCAAGGCAGUGGCUCGGGCGGAGGUUCGGAAGAGGCUCGGGUUGCCAGUGAUAGACUCGGCAUCGGGGUUGGAGCGCGCAGUGGUGGCGUAUGUGUCGCCGCAGAUAGGGGAAGCUGAUGUGGAGCUCAUUAAGGGGGCGCUCGCAUGCUCCCUAGCCUACCAGGCCCAGUUUGUGCUGGUGGGGGCAGCACGGUCGCCCAAGGUGCAGAUGGCCCUCGAGGAACUGCAGAGGGUGCAGCAGGACCGCAAUGCACACCUGGAGAUCGUGUACGAGGAUGAUUUGGCACAUCUGGUGGUGGCGGCGGCACACGUGCUACUCUGCCCGCCCCUCCGCGACCCCUCCUCACACUUGCCGCUGGUAGGGGCGCGCUAUGGCGCUGUGCCUGUGGCCCGUCAGCUAAUGGGAUCACCUGACAGCCUAGUGGACGUGGAUGACCCGCGCCGCGGUGCCUCGGAGGGAGCGGGUUUCUUCUAUGCCUCCGACAAGCCGGCUGACGCUGUCAUCGCUCUCACUCGCGCUCUCAAGCUCCUUAAGGCGGAUCCGCAUCGUAGUCGUCGUGGCGCCUCUGCUGCUAUGAUCCGGUUCAUUCUCCUCCAGAAUCGGCAGGGAAAGACGCGCCUGGCGAAGUAUUAUGUUCCACUAGAGGACUCGGAGAAGCACAAGCUCGAAUUCGAGGUUCACCGGCUGGUGGUUCAUCGCGAACCCAAAUUCACAAACUUUGUCGAGUUCCGCACGUACAAGGUGAUCUACCGGCGCUAUGCAGGCCUCUUCUUCUCCCUCUGCGUUGACCUCACGGACAACGAGCUGGCUUACCUCGAGAGCAUCCAUCUCUUUGUGGAGAUCCUAGAUCACUUCUUCAGCAACGUCUGCGAGCUUGACCUCGUCUUUAAUUUCCACAAGGUUUACCUUAUCCUCGAUGAGUUUGUGCUUGCGGGCGAGCUUCAAGAAACAAGCAAAAAGGUUAUUAUUGAAAGGAUGGCAGAACUGGAGAAGGCAGAGUAA